UCUAGAAAGAGCGAGCGCCUCACCCUAGUGCGCGCUUAUAUGCGAUCAUCCCUCUCGCCUUUGCUUCUGCGCGAGGGAAAUUUCAUCGGCUCCGGUGACGACCAGGAAGAAUAUCUCGAUCCAGCGAGGUUCAGCAGCCGCUUCGCGCCGUUCUGCGGUUUCCUGUUGAUCUCUGGGUAUAGUAGAUAUCGAAAAUGAGCGUUGUGGGAUUUGAUGUUGGGAACGAGAGCGGCAUUGUUGCGGUGGCAAGGCAACGCGGGAUCGAUGUGGUUCUGAAUGAUGAAUCAAAGCGUGAGACCCCUGCCAUUGUCUGCUUCGGCGAGAAACAGCGUUUUAUCGGGACUGCAGGUGCAGCAUCGUCUACUAUGAACCCUAAGAAUUCCAUCUCACAGAUCAAGCGUCUUUUGGGUCGGAAGUUUUCGGACCCUGAGGUACAGAGAGAUAUCCAGUCCUUCCCGUUUAAGGUCACUGAAGGACUUGAUGGGUUUCCGUUGAUUCAUGCAAACUAUUUAGGUGAAGUGAGGGCGUUUACUCCGACCCAAGUUCUUGCAAUGAUUCUUUCUAACCUGAAGAGCAUUGCAGAGAACAAUCUAAAUGCAGCAGUUGUUGAUUGUUGCAUUGGUAUUCCAGUCUACUUCAAUGAUUUACAGAGGAGAGCGAUGUUAGAUGCUUCUACAAUAGCUGGCUUGCGCCCUCUCCGCCUGUUCCAUGAGACAACUGCAACUGCAUUGGCUUAUGGUAUUUAUAAGACAGAUUUGCCAGAGAAUGAUCAAAUCAAUGUGGCUUUUGUUGAUGUGGGGCAUGCAAGCAUGCAGGUGUGCGUGGCUGGGUACAAGAAGGGGCAACUGAAGAUAUUGGCUCAUUCUUAUGAUCAGUCUCUUGGUGGGAGAGAUUUCGAUGAAGUUCUUUUUAAGCACUUUGCUGCUAAGUUCAAGGAUGAGUACAAAAUUGAUGUGUAUCAGAAUGCCAGGGCCUGUAUCAGACUCCGAGCAGCAUGUGAGAAGCUAAAGAAGGUUCUCAGCGCAAACCCUGAGGCUCCACUAAACAUUGAGUGUCUGAUGGAUGAAAAGGACGUGAGGGGUUUUAUCAAAAGAGAAGAGUUUGAGCAGAUAAGCAUUCCCAUCUUGGAGCGUGUCAAAGGACCAUUGGAGAAAGCCCUUGCCGAAGCUGGGUUGAGUCAGGAGAAUAUUCACUCUGUUGAAGUUGUUGGAUCAGGCUCUCGUGUUCCAGCUAUUAUCAAGAUUUUGACAGAUUUCUUUGGUAAAGAGCCUAGGCGAACUAUGAAUGCAAGUGAAUGUGUUGCUCGCGGUUGUGCCCUUGAAUGUGCCAUUCUAAGCCCCACAUUCAAAGUGCGGGAAUUUCAGGUUCAUGAUAGCUUCCCUUUCUCAAUAGCCUUAACAUGGAAAGGAUCCGCUACUGACACACAGAAUGGUGGAAUAGAAAACCAGCAGUCUACAGUUGUUUUUCCAAAAGGGAACCCAAUCCCCAGUGUCAAAGCUCUUACAUUCUUUCGGUGUGGUACAUUUUCUGUUGAUGUUGUAUAUGCAGAUGCAGGUGAUGCACAAGUUCCUGCAAAGAUUAGCACUUACACGAUUGGACAGUUCCAGUCGAGCACUGGAGAGCGGGCUAAGGUGAAAGUGAAAGUACGCUUAAAUCUGCAUGGAAUUGUUUCAGUUGACUCAGCCACCUUGGAGGAAGUUGAAAUCCCAGUCUUGGCUGAAGAACCGUCUAAGGAAUCUGCAAAAAUGGAUACAGAUGGAGUAACUGAUUCCUCAAAAACUGAAACUGAUGUAAACAUGGAAGAUGCAAAGACUUCCGGUGGGAUUGACAAUGGAGAGCCAGAGUCCAAGGAGAAGCCCAUAGAGAUGGAAACUGACAAAAAGGUUGAAGCUACCAAAAAGAAAGUUAAGAAAACCAAUAUUCCUGUUGCUGAGACAGUCUACGGUGGGCUGUCAGCUGAUGAAUUGCAGAAGGCGGCCGAAAAGGAGUUUGAAAUGGCACUUCAGGAUAGAGUAAUGGAGGAAACAAAAGACAAGAAAAAUGCCGUUGAGGCAUAUGUGUAUGACAUGCGGAACAAGCUUUAUGAUAAGUAUGAGGCAUUUGUAACAUCACCAGAGAAAGAUGAGCUUGUUGCAAAGCUUCAGGAAGUUGAGGAUUGGCUCUAUGAAGAUGGUGAAGAUGAAACUAAAGGUGUAUAUGUUGCUAAACUCGAGGAACUUCAAAAGCAAGGUAAUCCGAUAGAGGAGCGGUACAGGGAGUGGACAGACAGAGGUCCAGCAGUUGAUCAACUUGCUUAUUGCAUCAAUAGUUUCAGAGCAGCAGCUUUGUCGAACGAUCCCAAGUUUGACCACAUUGAUCUAGCAGAGAAGCAGAAGGUGGUUAGUGAGUGUGGCGAAGCAGAAGCAUGGCUGCGGGAGAAACAGCAGCAGCAGAAUGCCUUGCCCAAACAUGCCAAUCCUAUUCUUCUCUCCGCCGAUAUCAAAAGAAAGGCAGAGUCUUUGGACAGGUUUUGCAAGCCGAUAAUGACAAAGCCACGGCCUGCUCCACCAAAACCUCAGACCCCUCCGACUCCAACACAGGGCGAGCAAUCUCAAACCUCUGAGCCACACAACGAAGGAGAGGAUGAGGAUGCAUCGGCGGAGCCCAUGUCUGAUGACGGUAGUCAAGAACCCCUGGCAGCGGCUGCUGAGCCAAUGGACACUGACAAGGCAGAGAAUGCCCCGCCAGCCUAGAAACAUCGAACUUAUGAGUCUUAAUAGCGGAGAUGAUGUGUUGAUGUUUCUGGAGAUUUAUAGUAUUUGUAUCUCUCCUAGAACUUAGCAGUGUAAUCAUAAAUUAGUUCCAUGUGAUCUGAACUCCCAGGUACGAUAGUUCAUGAGGUUUUAGUCAUCAUGCUCUACAAUCAAAUUUAUAGAAUUUGUUUUACAUUUUUUUA